AUGUAUCCGGUCAUGUUCAACUUCCAGGACACCAGUCUGCUACGGUCGGUCAAGGAAGAAUCCCUGCUCCGGAACUCGUGGCCUGGCCAAGUCUUGGACACAUCGCCGGGAAGGUAAGACCUACAGAACACAGCAUUAUAAGACACAUGCCAAAGAUAUAAGUUCACCUAGUCAAACGGAGCUCAGAAAAGGAAUGACAGCCGGCUGCCGUUCCAAGUUUGGAAUGAAAUGGGCACGCCUUGAGGGAGACCGAUCCGAAUCAUCAUCUCCCCGCACGGGGACCGUGGGACCAUUCCAGCACGAUCCCUCCAGGGCCUCGCAAAACUCAUCUUGCCGCACCGUCCAAUUAGCUCCGGAGGGGAUAAGUAGAAGUAAAAGUCUAAUUUCCCCACACCGGCCUCGCCCUCCCUUUGUCGACGCCGCUUUAUUGACGGCCUUGCUGGACCAUAUGUUGUUGGAUUCAAAAUUUUAUUUGUUUUAGCGCCCAGCUUGCCCGUGCCCAAUUCGAACAUGCCCCGCCGUCCAACCUACGCAAGAGCAACUUCUUCCACUUCACCGUGAACCUGUACGACCGUGCCAACCAGCCCAUCGAGAUCGAGCAUGCCAGUUUUGCUGGGUUUGUGGAAAACGAGAAAGAAGUAAAUGGAGAGAACACAAGGAAUGGCAUCCACUACAAGAUACACCUUCUUUUCGGGAAUGGUGAGUUACUGUAGUUUUUUAGUUACUGUAUGCUUUUUGUAUAUUUAAUUCGGAAAAAGAUUGUAAAAAAGUUCAUUAAGCAGAUUGCAAAACAAACCUUAUUGCAUUUUUAGGUAACGUUUUAAAUAUUUUAAAUUUUAAUUUCGAAAUUUGAAUUUUUGAAAUUUAAAUUAAAAGUAACUUCCGCCACUUUACAAAGUUUGAAAAAGUGUCGAUGGGAUUGCAUUAGGUACGACUCUUAAUGAUACCCUGUUUUCCGACUGAAACCGACCGUAACUGGAUUAAGGGAUGGGCCCCGCUUCGGCCGGGAAUUCAGUUUAAUUAAGUCGAGUUGUAACUCAUUAAAUUUCGAGGACUGGCCAUAAAACACGGCCAUAUAAAGCGGAAAUGCCUGCAAGGCAUAAAACUCACAGUGCGACAAAGAACGUCACUUUUUAAAGAUUGAAAUUUGCAUAAAUAGAAAAUUAUAUAAAAGAUAGCUUGGCUAAAACAAUAUAAAAUACCCUUUUUGAGUUACUGUAGAAUAGAAGCAUCGUGAGCCAUUAUAUCUUACUACUCAUGCCACUUAAUGCCAUUUUUGAAUUUACAGGAAUGAGGACAGAACAAGACCUCUACGUUCGGCUGAUCGACAGUGUUUCCAAACAGGUGAGAGAUCUCUACCCUGAUAACCAACUGUUUUUUCUCCAUAUGUUACGUUUGUUUCAGGCCAUCGCUUACGAAGGUCACGACAAGAAUCCUGAGAUGUGUCGCGUCCUUCUGACUCACGAAAUCAUGUGUAGUCGGUGUUGCGAGAAGAAAAGUUGCGGCAACCGCAACGAAACUCCCAGCGAUCCUGUGAUUAUCGACAAGUAGGUCUUUGCAUUACUCUUGUUUACUGUGUAUGUUUAGUGUAGGAUGAAAAACUAUGUUAACGUGAAGAAAAUACCUAUAACACUUUUUAAAGUAAAAUGCAGACUACUAGAAGUAUUUUAAUAUUUCAAAGUUGUAAGAAAUAAAGGCAUAAAAACUAAUGUCUUAAGGCAUUGAGACAUUAGUAUUAACAUUCUUACAGGUUAUAUUGUACUCUAUCUUGUUUUCAGGUUCUUCUUAAAGUUUUUCCUCAAGUGCAAUCAGAAUUGUCUCAAAAAUGCUGGAAAUCCUCGAGAUAUGCGUCGCUUCCAAGUGGUCCUGGCUUCGACUCCGAGAGUCGACACAGACGUACUGGCAGUGUCAGAGAACAUGUUCGUACACAACAAUUCCAAACACGGCCGGAGGGUGAAGAGAGAGGGGACCGAGAGUAAGUGUUGUUAUAGGGCGUCAUACUGUAAGAAAUGCCACUCUGUCUUUUUUUUUUAUAUUUUGGGCCGUGUUUUAUAGAUUCUAUGAAGUUUUUGACUGAAAAAGUUUAUUUUUUGCUGAUAAAAUUGGAAUCUUUUGUGGUUCUAUGUACUUUCCGACCGGUUCUUGAUAUUGUGUUCUGGUUCUACUUACUUUCCGACCAGUUCGUGAUAUUGGGCUUGGCUUUUGUAAAGAUUAAUUACGUCCUUCUUUACGAGUGCGCGAGCUUGUGCCUUCGCAUCUGCUCCAUCUUUUGUGGCGAUUGUUGCCCCGGAUGCCCGUUUAAUAGCCCUAUCAUAACUCGGGCCAAAUAUGCAAAUUAAGGGGUCAUCUCCUUCUGGGUGAUAUAUCUCCCAAUUGUUUUGACAGCCGGACAUAACGUUAAAUUAUGUUUACUAGGGUUUUACAGUUUGUGUUAUGUAGUGUAACAUCAGUGUUACUACAGUAGUUUUGUUAUAGUAACUUGAAAAUUCGUUGUUAUCUAAGAAAGCUGGUAUCUUCAACAAAAGGUAAUGAUAAUUAAAUAGUUCAAACUAUAAUAAACUGUCUGUCUACAAACUUUUUGACCAUAGGUUGACUUUAAAGCUUCGUAUUACUUUUAAUCAAACUUCCGAAUCUUAACUAGCAGAAACAUACUGUAACAUUACGUUUAUGAACUCGUUUACUACGAAAGUCAUUAAGCGAUGCCUCAGGGGAUUUAACCUCCCAAUUAGGAAAUCGGAGCGGUUAUUGACAAUUACCUACUAUAAGCUACCUGAGUAAUGCGACACCAUUUCAGUGGACCACUCAGUUACUGUGCCUUCGAUUGCCCCGCCAAUUAUCAAGACGAUAUGUCCCUCGGAAGGCUGGUGUCAAGGUGGAAGUACCGUGGUCAUCAUCGGCGAGAACUUCCACGAAAACAUGCAGGUCAACUUCGGGUCGAGUUCGGUUUGGGCCGAGCUGAUAACGCCUCAGGCCAUGAAAGUGACCGUACCAGCACGAGCUGCGCCCGGUAAUGUGGAAGUCACGAUUAACAGCAAACUGAAGACCUCCAGAAGCACAGCACGGUUCACUUAUGUUUGUAAGUCGAUUUUUAAAAAUAUUUUACUUUUCUACCCUCUAUAACAACGAAAACGGUGAGCUUUGAUACUUAUAAGCAUAUUAUUGUAGAUACUCAAAAGACUGUUUUCAGCAUUAACCGAGCCGAACAUUGACUACGGGUUCCAGAGGCUUCAGAAGCUGCUUCCGAAGUACCCCGACGACCCCGACCGGCUACCGAAAGAGCUGAUUCUGCGUAGAGCCGCGGAGCUGGCUGAAGCCUUGUACAAUAGAUCGCCAGCAGACCAAUUAAGUCAAUAUGCAGCUAGCGCCUACUCAGCCGUUCACUUCGAUCCGAGUAAGACCUAUUUUCAUAUUAUACUUGAUUGAUCUAUAUUCGAGAGGCCUUACUGACAAAACAUGCUUUGAGAUUACCUAAAUUUGGUUAAGAGUGUAAACCCAACUACACUAGCUUGUUUUAAUAUUUAGUUUUAAUUAUCUUAACCAGGCUACUACAAUAAUAUACUCUAUGCUUUCAGACUAUGUUCGCAACUAUUCACCCCGAGGCAUAACCGGCUACGUAGCGACAACGACAGCCAGCCAGACAAUAGCCCCGACCAUGUACCAAAGCACAUAUGCAGGCGGUGUAGCUGGUGCACCUGGUACGGGCUUCCUUAAUGGCUCGACAGGUAUGUUACCUUAAUAUAAUAUUUUGUAAUUGUAACACUGAAUGAUCUCAUCGUACUUUGAUUAUUUUUGGUUACUGUUUACUCGUUUAUACCAUUACCUGUGUUAGCAUUCUAGGCUUCCCCUCCUUCGGCGGUGUGAACCCGUUUAGCACGCUACAGACCCUCCAGAAGCCCAGCACGUACUGA